AGCUCUCCUUUUCACUCCUUAAACAGAAAUAAGAAAUAAUGUCACCUUUUUUUCUCUGAUGACUAACUAGAUGAUAGAAUGCUGCUUGUCCUGCCCUGAGCACGUGGCUUCCUCAGCUGGGUGUGGGGUGGUCCCUGGCGGGCUGGACAGUCUGUUCUGUGCUUGGAGGUGGACACACUCAGUCUUUGGCUCCAUUGCCCCAAAUCUGGCUGCUUGCUCCCCCUGCCCUUAUCCACCACCGUGGAGAGAGAGGUGGCAGGUAGGCCAUGGGAGCACCCGGCCACCCGUAGCUUCAUAUCCACCCUCCAUUCCUUGCCCUCUUGUCUCUCCCCUCCAUGUUUCCCUCCCUUCCCUCCUCUCCCCUGCUCCACAAAGAUGUCUGUGUGCUGAAGGACUGUGGGUUUCUCUAGGCCCUGGGAAAUUUAUCACUGGGGUUCUAGAGGACUCUGAAAAGGAUUUGGAGGAAAGUGUGGAAAAUAAAUAAGCCAGGCCCUAGUUCAGCGUCUCCUAAAUACCACAAGUAAACAGCCAUCUCGGAGGCCAGCCUGGGAAGCACUGUUUGGGCCUCCCGUGGUUACACCUGGCUUACUGGCUGCUUUCACCAGCUCCCUCCUCCCUAUCCCCUCCCUGUCCAGCCCCUCCUCCUUGACUUUGGGAGCCUCAAAAGUCAGGGAACACACCGGGCCACCGGGCUGUCCUUAUGCUGCGGGAGGCUGGCACACUGGCCACCGGGACCAGGAGGAACAUGUGGGAGAAAAGUCCGCCUAGGGUUCCAGCUCAAUCCUGUGCCAUCUGAGCAAGUCUCGGCCUUGGUCCCACUCAGCGAGGCAGAAGGUGGUCUCUCCGUUGGACAAGGGUGUCCCCCACCUGAAGACGCGGAGCCAGGUCCUGAGCGAUGCUCCUGAGCUGAGAGCCCACGCCCCUCCCCCCCCUUCCCCAUGGAGAAAGGACUCGCUUUCCCCCAGGACUGCCGGGACUUUCUGCACAGCCUGAGGAUGAAGAGCAAAUAUGCCCUUUUCCUGGCUUUUGUGGUGGUGGUUUUUGUCUUCAUUGAAAAGGAAAAUAAAAUCAUAUCAAGGGUGUCAGACAGGCUGAAGCAGAUCCCACAACCCCUGGCAGACGCCAACAGCACCGACCCAGCCCUCAUCUUGGCCGACAAUGCGUCCCUUCUGUCCCUGAGCGAGCUAGAUUCAGCCUUCACCCAGCUGCAGGGCCGCCUGCGAAACCUCAGUCUGCAGCUGGGUGUAGAGCCAGCAGCGGAGGCCCCCGCCGGGGCCCAGGGGGAGGCGGAGGCCAAGGCCAAGGAGCCACCCCGACCCCGCGAGGCCCGGCCGCGGCGCCACGUGCUCCUCAUGGCCACCACCCGCACCGGCUCCUCGUUCGUGGGCGAGUUCUUCAACCAGCAGGGCAACAUCUUCUACCUCUUCGAGCCGCUGUGGCACAUCGAGCGCACCGUGUCCUUCGAGUCGGGAGGCGCCAACGCCGCGGGCUCGGCGCUCGUCUACCGCGACGUGCUCAAGCAGCUGUUCCUGUGCGACCUGUACGUGCUGGAGCACUUCAUCAGCCCCCUGCCGGAGGACCACCUGACCCAGUUCAUGUUCCGCCGCGGCUCCAGCCGCUCCCUGUGCGAGGACCCCGUGUGCACGCCCUUCGUCAAGAAGGUCUUCGAGAAGUACCACUGCAAGAACCGCCGCUGCGGGCCCCUCAACGUGACGCUGGCGGCCGAGGCCUGCCGCCGCAAGGAGCACAUGGCCCUCAAGGCCGUGCGCAUCCGGCAGCUGGAGUUCCUGCAGCCGCUGGCCGAGGACCCCCGGCUGGACCUGCGCGUCAUCCAGCUGGUGCGCGACCCGCGCGCCGUGCUGGCCUCCCGCAUGGUGGCCUUCGCCGGCAAGUACGAGGGCUGGAAGAAGUGGCUGGCCGAGGGGCAGGCGCGGCUGGGGGAGGAGGAGGUGCAGCGGCUGAGGGGCAACUGCGAGAGCAUCCGGCUGUCGGCCGAGCUGGGCCUCCGGCAGCCGGCCUGGCUGCGCGGCCGCUACAUGCUGGUGCGCUACGAGGACGUGGCGCGCUGGCCGCUGCAGAAGGCGCGCGAGAUGUACCGCUUCGCCGGCAUCCCCCUGACGGCGCAGGUGGAGGACUGGAUCCGGAGGAACACGCAGGCGGCCCAGGACGGCAGCGGCAUCUACUCCACGCAGAAGAACUCCUCGGAGCAGUUCGAGAAGUGGCGCUUCAGCAUGCCCUUCAAGCUGGCGCAGGUGGUGCAGGCCGCCUGCGCCCCGGCCAUGCACCUGUUCGGCUACCGGCUGGCGCGGGAUGCCGCCGCCCUCACCAACCGCUCCGUCAGCCUGCUGGAGGAGCGCGGAACCUUCUGGGUCACGUAGGGGGGGCCCGCGGCCGCGCGCGCCCGUCCUUGUGAAAGGCCCGCCCUGCCUUCCUCGCACCACCCCCCAGCCCCGCCCCGCGGGCGGUGACGCCGUGGCUCUCGCCGAGGGCGGGCGGGGGGGGGGGGCGGCGGCCACGCGCGGGGCAGGCCGCCCUUCCGCCGUAGAAGUAGGCCCCCCGCCAGCUAGCUCCCCCACUCUAGCCUUGGGCCCGGGGUCUCCCACUGAGAAUAGGACAGUGCCCGUGUCCGUGAGGGCCGCCAGACCCAGACCUGAGGGGCUGCGGUCUCCUGAGCAGGCUCCCCGCAGGCCUGGAAAUUUUGACAAGCCUUUUUUUCUCUGUCACUGUCUCUGUCUCUCUCUCUCUGUCUCUCUCUGUCUGUCUCUCUCUCUCUCUCUCUCUCUCUCUCUCUCACACACACACACACACACACACACAAGCAUACACCCAAAACUACAUAAAUGCCUGUAGACCCCGUGGGCCAGAGUCCAGAUGUUUAACCCAAAGGGGCUUUGGGCACCCACCAGCCGCAGUCAGACCUCCUGCUGUACUCACUGUUCACCUGACAGUCUCUGGAUUUCUACACAAUCCAGUGUGGAAUCUGCAUGGGUCUGAGGGGAGGGGCUGGAACAGCCCAGAAUGUCAGAGGAUGACAGCUAGGGCUUAUCAACCAAGAAUGAUUCAGUAUUUUCAUGAAUGGAAUCGCUGUGCGGGUCACUAACAUCAGCCCUGCGUAGAACUACAAAGCACACAUACACGUGUAUAAGACAGAUACCUACAUAUACCAGACAGACACAGAAACAUCAUAGAAACACAAGACCACACACCUAUGCACAUACCCACCACAGGCUUCCCUGUUGCUUUAUGCCCACAGAAUUGAACUAUUACACACCUAAAGAGCAGCCUUUAAUUACAUUUUUAGAAUUAUUUAGGGACAUGGAAGGAAACACAGUCAUGGGCCAUGACCCUGUUCUGACCAGGUUUAGGACUGAGCGGUGGAUACGGAACCUCCGAGUCUGCGGCCCCUGCCCGCCUUAGAUUCUCCUGGCUACCUCCUCUGGCCCAUUCACAUCCUCUCUGCUGGCAGGCAGGAUGUUUUGAAAUGAUGUGGCCAGUCCUCACAUGACUGCAGCCCAAAGGCCCCGUCCCAGCUCCACUGGCUCCCUGAGAGCGAGUCCAUAUUUGAAGGCUGCCUCAGGUCUGACUGGAGGCAAAAGGCAGCUGAGGAGUCCUGCCAUUUCCAUCCAGGCCUCGUGUGGGGCAGGGCCCAGAAGAGUGCAGAGUGCCCUUGGGGGAGAAGUCACAUCAGGAUACCCCUCCCCCAAGAAGACAGGAGACAGAGGUCAGCCUCAUGGUUGGUCACCAUGGUUACAUGUUCGUAUCUGUAAUUCCUCCUUUUGGGCCCUGGGAAAAGUGUUGCUCAACUUGGGAUAGGCUGGGUAUUUUAUCUGGGUGGUUUUUUUUUUUUUUUUUAAAGUUAUUUAUAGUUUGGUAUCUUGUGGCUAUGUUUUUUAUUUUGUUUCUACAGAAGUGCUGCGUGACAGCAAUCUGGGCUUUAGGGGGCUGGGAGGACCAGCAGGGAGCACUCUGGCUCUUGCUGGAGGGAGAGGAGGAGGAGGAAGAGCCUUUUCCCAGAAGGACCAGAGCCUGGGCGGCCACAUGGCAACCCACAGUGCCCCACGGGCGUUUCUGUUUGAACCCCAUGUGGAACGAAUCUCAGAAACCACCAGUGUUCUUUGCUGUGUGUCCAGAAGCAACAUAAAUUAGCCCUCAUCCUCUCCCUGAGACGAGGCCAGAUUUGAACAUCUCUUUCAGGUCCAAAUGCAUUUCCUGGGGGGGCAGGGCCUAUGGCCAAGCAGCAGAUGCCCCCACAGUGGAGGUCCUUUUCUACCCCCAGCCCAAACUGGGGAGCAGAGCUCAGUCCACCCCAGAACUCCAAGAGCUGCCCCAGUUCACUAGGGCUGUUUCUGAUUUCCUGGACAACUUCUAUGUCAGAUCUAUCCUGUUGUCAAACCCAGAGGGCUGAGUUUUGGAUUGAGUAAUAUGGACACGAGGCAAAGAGAGGAUCUGAGUCCAGCUGGUGCUGCCGUGGGGAAGGGAGGAGUGUGUCCUCCCAGCAGCUAGAAGCUGCUGUUUGAGACGGUGAGGACUGUAGCCAUUUUGUGGGGUCUCUCACAAUCACCACAUUUGAGCUGCUGGGUCUCCGUGAACUUCAAGUCGUUCAAGGAGGCCCUCCAGUCUAGGGUCUCCAGUCCCGAAAUAAGUUGUGCAGGGAGCUGGCUCUGAUUUGGGGUCCAAAGGGACUCCAGCUCUGAAAACUUGACCCUGGGGCAGAGAGAGACCAGGAUGUUUCUGGAAGCCCGGAAGCACUAGCUGUUUUUCCCCUCCCCACACUGUUCCCCACACGGUUCCCCACCUGUGGUUGGUGGGGGCUGGGGCAGGGACGGAGGCAGGUACCUCCAUCUGGGGCUCUUCUUGGGGCCCUCCUGGUGUGGACAGCAAACUUCUUCCUUCUUUCCUAUGCCUCUGCGGCCAAGGUCUCCACCCCUGAGCUCCGAGGACUGUGCGGAGAAUGGACCUUUGGGACUUCUCAGGACAUUGACAAUUUGUACACUGCAAGUUGACUUAAUUUAUUUAUUUUGUGACAAAGAAGAGACAUAAAAUACCUUAUUUUUUGCAGGGACGCAAAGCUGUACCCAAAUCGAGAAAGACAAAAUAAUAUUAGAAACCGUUGACUCACUCCAUACACACAAGGACACUCGAAGACGAUUCAGAGCACAAGACUAAAACCAAGGGCACGGAGUUGUGCUGGCCCCAGGGUGUUGUUUAGGGAGGUACCUUGGUUUCUUCUUGUUGAUUUGAAGAUGCGGCAUUUAAGGCCCUUUCUGCUGUAUUACCUUUGCCCUGGUGUCUGAAACAGGGCACAACUCAAGCGAGUGUUGCCUUGGGACUCGGCAAUGCUCCCAGGAACCCUCGGGGUUUGGGGAAGGAUGGGGUGGGGGCGACUACUGACUUUAUUCUAUGGGGGGCCCGGUUGGAGUUACACACUUGUGGUUUUCAGCAGGCAGCUGGGCUGAGGAAGGUGGUCCAGCUGGGCCAGUGCCUCCUUUUCCAGUGAGGCCAGUCCGGGCUUCUCUACUCUUACUGCUCCAUCAGGAGCCUCUCCCCUGUAUGGCAUCCACCUGCCCGCAGACAGAGGGAGCAGCUGAGGCCUCACCUCUGGGGCUGCCGGCUUCCCCGGAACAAGAGGCCCAUUCAGCAAUGAGUGUUUACUCAUUUUCUUUUUCUUGAUGAAGACCUCUUUAGCCCGGCCUAUAUAAAUAGUUCAGAACAUUCCAGGCCUUGGUGAGACAGGGUAGUGUCUAACACCCACAGGCUGUCACCACUGCUGCCUAUUCCUGGCUUCUCCUCUGGCCUUGUUUGUAAGCCUCGGAGAGGAUGAGGGCACCAGGUUGGGGGCAGGGGUCUCUGGGAACAGUCGGUGGGGAGCAGGGUUCCUGAGUCCCCACAGAGAGGAAAGAAAGCAGAUUCACAACUCUGUGGCACACCCCCACCUCCCGCAGUGGGUUAUCACCAAGUUAUUACUGAGAUUGAGAGACAUGAACAAAUUCUAGCCUUUGGUCCCUUCAUGUGAUACACACACUUGAAAAUAAAUAACUAAAUGAAUAGGAAAAAAAAAAGUUUACUGAAGAGUUUACUCCCCGUCUGACAGUAUGCUCAGCCUGGAAGCUACUGCCAAAGGCCGGUCUAAUGGGGCAGCUGCCGACCGGACCCCUGAGAGCAGAGGGCCCACCCAACCUAUUCCAGUGACAUCUUUCCCCACCACCUCUGUCCUGUCCUUUGCCCUGUCUGAUGACGAGUGAGAUCCAACAGGAGGUCAGGGGAUCCCUGUCCCAGAAGAUGGGGGCCUGGUCUAGAGAUGGAAGCAUCAGGUGGUCUGGUCCCGACCCGGAAGGUCUCUUCCAGCCCUGGUGGUCCUCUCGCACAUUAGGGCCUAUUUUAAUUGCCUGUAGGGCCUGGAUUAUGGAGGACAGGAGCAGAAGACCAGACGGCUGCAUCUCUGAGGCCAUCCCUCGCUCCCAAUCCCAUGGCUGAGAACAAAGGCAGGUCCUGGGGGGAGGGAUUCCUGGGUUGGGGAGAGGUGGGGGUGGGGAAGCAUGUCUGCAGAAACCAAGUAGGCCUUGCUGAUCUGUACUAAGUGAAAGGAGCACCUGCUGAAAUCCAGGGGUCCCAGGUUGGUGGGUUUGCUAGCGAAAAUUCCCAGGACGUGGUCCAGCUGGACAAGAGGCAGAAGGCCCAGGGCUUCCCGAAUGCAACCGUAUCGCCUCUCAGCUGCCCACAGUUUCAGGAAUACUGGAAGCUGCUCUUUACCUCAAAAGGACAAAGCAGAAUUGGCAAAUUCAGAUGUCUUAAGAGCUUUGAGAUCCUUUGGUCUCCAUGUCCCCUCAUUCCAUGACUAUAUGCCUGGGGGACGAAUUGGUUGUAUGUGUUUCCACGGAUAUGAAUGCAGUGCCAGCCCCAUGGACCCAGCUCAUAUUGUAGACCAGGUAUUUCAUUUGGGAAAAUACCCUGCUUCCUCUACCAUUGGGCUUGAACUGGGCACCCCUGGAGUCUCCAUCUCGUCUGUAUGUUCCAGGCCAAGUUCGCCUGGCUCCCCUGCUCCAUCCUGGAUCCUGCAAACUCUGUCUUUUUUGCCAAGACCUCGACCCUGUGUCCUGUUUCAUGGCCACAUGGUACGGGACACUCCCUUCGUGGCCAUGUGUGGCCAAGUUGUGUACAUAAUGGUGUGUACGUUGCUCCCGCCCCCUUGCCAUCAGUGUCCCAGAUGUCCUUGCCGUGGCUACAAUCUGCCGUCUCCUGGAAACGCAGGGGCUGCCCUUCAGAGAGCUGGCGGCCACCGCCGCUCAGGGUCUGCUUUGCGGAACAGAAUGUGAACCCAUCACUUGAUGGCUUACUUGACUUAUUUAAUUAAAAACGAAAACAUGCAAUGAGCAAAAUCUGAA